AGCUACCUGGUAUCCGUAGACUGAGGAGGUGGUGACCAGCAGACAUGUCUCAAUUUGCCCAUGUCCUGGCUGAAAUAGGCGACUUUGGUCGCUUCCAGAUACAGCUAACGAUCCUCCUCGGUAUCCCCAACUUCCUAUAUGUCUACUAUUUUUUUGCUCAUGUCUUCAUGGUCCUGGAUGAGCCACACCACUGCUCAGUGGCCUGGGUCAAGAACCACACUCUCAACCUGAGUGCUGCUGACCAGCUGGUACUGAGUGUGCCUCUGGAUGCUGCAGGCAGCCCUGAACCCUGCCUAAUGUUCUGGCCACCUCCUGAUGGUGCCAGCCUGGAAGACAUCCUCAACCACCGCUUCAACGAGACACAGCCUUGUGAUAAGGGCUGGGACUACCCUGAGAACCGGUCCCAAUCCUUAACAAAUGAGUUCAACCUGGUGUGCGAUCGGAAGUACCUGAAGGAGACCUCACAGUCAGUGUUCAUGGGUGGGCUCCUUGUCGGGGCCCUCAUCUUCGGGCCCCUCUGUGACUGGCUUGGCCGCAAAGCCGCCAUCCUGCUGCAGCUGCUGCUCUUAGCCAUCAUCGGCCUGGCCACAGCUUUCGUGCACACGUUUGAACUCUACAUGGCCCUGCGCUUUGCUGUGGCUAUCGCUGUCGCUGGAUUUGCCUUCAGUAGUGUCACCCUGCUUACAGAGUGGGUGGGGCCCUCAUGGAGGACCCAGGCCGUGGUCCUGACCCAAUGCGCCUUCGCCCUGGGGCAGAUGGCACUAGCAGGACUUGCCUAUGGUGUCCGCAACUGGAGGCUCUUUCAGAUCGCAGGCACGGCCCCUGUCCUACUGCUCUUCUUCUACUACUGGGCUCUGCCAGAAUCUGCCCGGUGGCUCCUGACCCGUGGGAGGAUAGAGGAGGCUAAACAAGUGAUCCAGAAGGCAGCCUUGGUCAACAAGCGGAAACUCUCUCCAGAGCUCCUGAGCCAGCUGGUUUCAGAGCAGACAGAACCCUCAGGGAAUGCCCUGGAUCUGCUCAGACACCCCCAGCUCCGGAAGGUGACCCUGGUUCUCUUCUGUGUCUGGUUUGUGAACAGUCUUGGGUACUUCGGCCUGGGCCUCAAAGUGGGAGACUUUGGUCUGGACAUCUACCUGACUCAGCUGAUUUUUGGAGCAGUGGAGGUGCCUGCCCGCUAUGCCAGCAUCUUCAUGAUGCAGAAGUGGGGCCGCAAAUGGAGCCAGCUGGGGACUCUGGUUCUGGGUGGCCUCAUGUGUAUCACCAUCAUCUUCAUCCCAGCAGGUGCACCUGUGGUGGUCACUGUGCUGGCUGUGGUGGGGAAGAUCGCCACAGCUGCCGCCUUUACCAUUGCCUACGUGUACUCUGCUGAGCUCUUCCCCACUAUCGUCCGGCAGACCGGCAUGGGGCUGGUGGGCAUCUUUUCACGGAUUGGGGGCAUCGUCACACCUUUGGUGAUCCUGCUGGAGGAGUACCAUGCAGGCCUGCCCCUGCUCAUCAUUGGCAGCUUCCCCAUUGUGGCAGGCUUGCUUUGCAUCCUGCUGCCAGAGACGCGUGGCCAGCCCCUGAAGGAUGGCAUUGAGGACCUGGAGCAGAGGCCCCACCCACGGUCCCCUAAGUCAAUGCCCCAAGAAAAGGAAACGGACCCCACAGGAAGAACCUCCUGCCCAGGGCUGGCCUUUGUGAGCAGCACAUACUUGUGACUGAGGUCUUUAAGAGCUAGACCAUCAGCAGC